UCUCUCUCUCUCUCUGUGUGUGUGUGUGUGUGUGUAUGAUGUUUGAAUCCUCUGGUUAACGGAUAAAAUCACCGCGGCUCCACGGCAGUAUGUGUGGAAUGGCAGUGCUUUUGGAUGAUGGUGGAGGUGAUGAAGAGUUUGACGUGGGCGACGGGAUCCGGAUGCUGCCGCCGCCUCCAGCUCAGUGUGACGGUGGGGUCUGGGGCCCCCGGCGGGGCUGCUGCGGGUGUGUGAUAUGGACACUGGUCCUGCUGCUGUGGAACCUGCUGCUGCUGGUGGUGUGUGUGUGUCUGAUGUUCCUGGUGUUUGGCCUCGUCCUGCUGCCCGCCGCCCUGCUGCUGUACGCUGGGUUUCUGUGCCACUCGCGGGUUGUGGCUUCUCCUGCUCCUCUCUGCAGUUACCUUGACGACAACAGUUGCUCCGCCCUCAUCAUCCUGGGCUUUGUCAUGAUGUCACCACUGGUCGUGAUUGCCGCAGCAACCUUCUGCGCUCUUCUCAGACGGCUCCACCUUCUUUUAUAUUUUCAGCCAAUCACUGGAGCUCGUUACCAAGGGAGGGGCUUGGGCUGGAGGCAGGACUUCCACGCCUGGGUUUGACUGACACGCCCACCAAUCUCAGGUGACCUGUGAGGGGUCAAAGGGCGAGCGAUGUCACAGGACAGCGCUACUGUAAAUCUGCAGAAACACAAUCAUGUAAAACAAUCCACGGAACUAAAGAGACGCUCUUCAGACUGUGUUACCAGUG